AUUUCAACCGCAAAGCAAAUUGUUUUCUUUCUCUUUCUCUCAUUGGCCCAUUCUUUCCUUUUACUCUCUCUCUCUCUCACGCACACAUUGUGUUUGUUUUGCCCAUUCCCAUUCCCUGUCGCUGUCUCUUCUAUUAGGGUUCUUAGCUGGACUGCUCUCGUAUCAAUUCAAGUCUUUAAUUCAUUUUCUUGGUGUUUGGCUGAGGUUGGUGAAGAAAGUUAUUCUUUCUUGAUUAGACGGAAUGAGCAAAAUCUGAGGAAACAAAGGAGCACUCUCUAUAGUGUAUUUUGUCUGGAAUUAAGUAACGGAGUAAGAGAUCUGGUGGCGGAGAUGAGCGCGUCCAGGUUCAUUAAGUGCGUAACGGUCGGUGACGGCGCCGUCGGCAAAACCUGCAUGUUAAUUUCCUAUACCAGCAACAGUUUUCCUACGGACUAUGUGCCAACUGUGUUUGACAAUUUCAGUGCAAAUGUAAUUGUUGAUGGCAGCACCGUCAACUUGGGAUUAUGGGAUACAGCUGGUCAAGAGGAUUACAACAGAUUAAGACCGUUGAGUUACAGAGGUGCCGAUGUCUUUAUUCUUGCUUUCUCUCUUAUUAGCAAGGCCAGCUAUGAAAAUGUUGCCAAGAAGUGGAUUCCAGAAUUGAGACACUAUGCACCUGGUGUUCCAAUUAUCCUUGUUGGAACAAAGCUUGAUCUUCGAGACGAUAGGCAGUUUUUUAUUGAUCAUCCUGGUGCAGUGUCUAUCACUACAGCUCAGGGAGAGGAACUGAAGAAACUGAUUGGAGCCCCUGCCUACAUUGAAUGUAGCUCAAAGACACAACAGAAUGUGAAGGCAGUUUUUGAUGCAGCAAUAAAGGUGGUGCUCCAGCCUCCAAAACAAAAGAAGAAGAAGAAGAAGUCUCAAAAGGCUUGCUCCAUACUGUGAUCGAGGAAAAUCUAGGUCUGACAGAGGAGAGAAAAUGACAUGGCUACCUAGCCUUACUGCAGUGUUUCUUCAUUGUACCUUUUUCCAUUCCAUUCCAUGCCAUGUCCCACCCAGAGGAAGCUGCAAGCCGUGGUGUAUAAUCUGACUGACAAUAUAGGGAUUUCUGAGGAAGCAUCAGAUGGUUUGUUUCUCAAUUUUUACUUGUUAGGUGUGAUGUGUAUUUAGUGAGUAAGCAUUCCCCUUGUUAACGUGCACACCUCUUUUGCUUUUCAUGUUUGUACUUGUCGCUUGUAUGAAUCAGUUGUGAGGAAGAUCCCAAUUAUGAAACAAAUUUCUCCUUUUUUUAACAAAUACCAUUAAUAUGUCUCCUUCUUACCUAUGUAAUAUCGAGUUUAUUCGUAAUCAACUUCUUUGUUUUAA